GACAAGAAAAACACGAAAACAAAACAAAGUCAAGGGCAUUGAACUUGACUGUUGACGGGAAAGAAUAGGAACCCCUGCCGGAUUAGUGCGAGUCCAGAGCACCCUAUCUGUUAAAUAAGUGUCACGAAGAUAUACAUACUCAUUUUAAUAAACAAAAAUCUCACAGGAUACAUAAUUGUGAUCGAUUGCAGCUAAGAUUUUUGGUUAGUGAAACAGGCGUCUUAAUUUCCUAUCAAACAAAAUGACUUCUCGAGCUAUUUUUCUGCUCACACAUCAUUUAUAUGUGUAAUUAAGGUGGUCCGAUUGCUGAAGAAGAAGCAACCCUCAAGUGUCGUGUGAUGUCAUCUUUGCAAAAAUCCAUACUUAAAUCCAGGCUACCUCCAACUGGUCUCUCUUAUCCAAACAGAAUGACAAGCCGAAAGUCUCGAGAUUACACUCCCACUACUUGGGACCUGUACUUCAAGGAAAAGCAUUCUGUCGUGGUGUCCGAGACGGACACUUUCUGCGCCUACACGGCUGGCGAGGAGGGCAACCCGAUUUUGUGUCUGCUUCAUGGCGGUGGCUUUUCAGCCCUCACCUGGUCUCUAUUCGCACAAGAAGUGACGGGAAUGGUGCACUGUGAGGUGGUGGCGAUUGACCUGCGCGGGCACGGUGAGACGGUGACCUCGAACGACGACGACCUCUCUGCAGACACCCUAGCGAGGGACGUGGGCAAGGUGGUGGAGCACCUUUUCCGAGACCGCCCGGAGCCUGUCCUACUGAUGGGCCAUUCGAUGGGGGGAGCGGUCGCCGUGCACAUCGCUCACAUGGACCUGAUUGCCAAUCUGGUCGGGGUGGUCGUCAUCGACGUGGUUGAAGGCACGGCCAUGGAGGCCCUCACCUCCAUGCAGAGCUUCCUCAGAGGCAGGCCUUCCACUUUCAACUCUCUUGAACACGCAAUUGAGUGGAGUGUGCGCAGCGGUCAAAUCAGGAAUUGCGAGUCGGCGAAGGUUUCGGUUCCAGGGCAGCUGAAGAGUAUUAAAACAGGCGAGGUUGGCGUCACCAUGAUAAGCCACGAAGCUGGAAGCUCGAACAGCAUCGCUUGUACGGAGAUUUUGGAGGAAGAAAGCGAGGUGGACGGCGAUAAGGAAAAGGCGGCUGAGCAGCCUGAAAUGCCUCCUCCGGGGGAAGAGGAGAAGAACGGAUUCACGUGGCGAAUCGAUUUGCGAAAGACUGAACAACACUGGCCCAGCUGGUUCCAAGGUCUGUCGCAAACUUUCCUCGAACUUCCAGUGGAUAAAAUGCUGCUCUUGGCGGGAAUCGACAGGCUGGACAAGGCUCUCACUGUCGGUCAGAUGCAAGGAAAAUUUCAAAUGCAAGUUCUAUCCCACUGCGGACACACUGUCCAUGAAGACUCUCCGGACAAGGUGGCUUCGAUUAUUUCUAAUUUCUUGGUCCGACACAAACUUGCCGAACCAUGCGAAAAUUUCGAGAGAUCCCUCCCGGCGUGUUAAAAGGACAUGAAUAUAUGGAGAUUCAUCACUUCUAGUUUUUAUCUUUCUCACAAAAUUUGCUCGACGUGUUUAAAAAGCCGUUUUUAGUCAUUAGUUAUUUCAUUAAAUGUGUACCCGAGACUUCUUUGUGUAUCAACUCUGGAAAUCUUAAAAGAUGUUCCCCUUGUAAGUAUGGAGAAGACUGCUAUUAUUGGUCAAAGGCUCACAAAUAAAAGAAUAAUAUGCUUUUGCUAGCUGAUUAUGCUGUAUUUGGUUAAA